CGUCGGGACAGGACGGGACAGAGCGGUGCUGUGAGGAGCCCCCGCACAGCGCACUCGUUCGUGUCCGACCCGGAGCUUUUCUGAGGCGUUGUUCCUACAGGUGACCUUGCGGCAAGACUGCGGGACUUGGUGGCCCGUGGCCUUCCCGAGGUUUCUCUUUUGCAGGUGCCCUUGAGGACUUGUGGACUUGGAGUUUUCCCAAGCCAUCUCCAGAAGGUGCCCUUGAGGCAAGAUUCUGGAAUGGCGGGCAGGUUACUUAACCUCUUCAAGGUCUUCAGACCAAAAAAAAAGAAAGGCCCUGAAGCUGGCCCAGCACAACAGCCUGAAGAACCAGAGCAGUUCCAGACAUGGCAGGAUGAUGCAUCCCUGGACGGGACACAAGUGCAGAAACCCGGCCGUGGCCGCUUCCACAGAACCCUGAAGAUGUUCCGGAAGUUUCUGCGUGUUCAGCGCAGAGAGACCGGGAGCAGUGCAGCUGAGGGCCCCGCCGAGCCUGACUCGGGGCUGACCGAGCUCCAGGAAGAGCCUGAUGUCAGCCUGGAUUCAGCUGAGCACUCACAAGACUCUGAUGCUGUGCCAGCCAUUGUAAGGAACAUCCACCAGAGGCUGGUGUCCCAUGACACUGUGGAUGCCAGGCUGCAAACUGACAUUGUGAGGCUGGCUGAAGAACACCCCGCAGAUGUGGUGCUGACCCUCCUGCGCUGUGCCCCAACGUGUGACAGAGCUGCUGAGAUGAUGUGGAAAACCAUAGGAUCAGUGGGACCAGCAGUGGAGAAAGUGCUGCCAACACUGCUGUGUGUGAUGGAGGACUGGCCUGUGCACAGCGCAUCCACCUCUGAUGGGGAUGACACAGAUGUUUCUGCCCUGGCUGCAACUCUGGUGAUCUGGGUGAUUGUCCAGGUGCCUGAGUGCCAGGAGGCCAUGAUCCUUUAUUCCUCCCGCCUGUUUGUGGCUUUGCUCUUCCAUAUUGUCAUCACCACACAGCAGAUGCCACCAGUGGAAGCUGGGCACUUCUGGAAAGCAUGUCGCAAAGAACAUCGCCUUACCAUCAACCCCAGCAGGUUUGCAGUGCAGACCAUGAAGGCUCUGCUCUACCGACUGCAGUGUGACAAGGAGGUGAUGGCUAUGGAGCGCAAGCGUGGCUGGGACACGCUGCUGCGUGCUCACACCCAGCACUAUGCCGUGGGUCUGCUGGCCAGAGAGAUGCGCCGUAACUUGGUCCCUUUGUGUUCUCGCAUCGCACUCCACUUGCUCCGGCGUCUCACUAAGCAGGACCCAUACUGGAAUCUGACCUUCCUGGCAUUCCUUGUGGAGGUCCUCGAGUGCCUGGACUUGAGGGAAUGUGGUGACAGUGUGCUGAAGGUCUUGUCGAGGUUCCUGCACAGCAAGUGCAGGGUGCAGCGUCGCCUGGUACUCAAAGGCCUCGUGGUGCUCAGCAAGGAUCCCUCAAUGGCCAGAAGAAUGGGCAGUCUGUCUCCAAGGCUUCUGGAGCUGCUGGAUGAUGCAGAUGGAGAGGUGGUCAGCAUGACCCUCCGUGUUUUCACGAAUGUUCUCCAGCACAAAGAUAUCCUGGUAUCCAGCACCACUGCCCCAAAGCUGGCUGAGGCACUCCUGCUGCUCUUUGACCAUGACAACAGCCAUAUCCAAUUGCUCUCCAUUCAACUCUUCCGUAAAGUGAUGGAACUGGUAGUGGAUGAGGGAAAAAAGCCCCUGAAGACAAUUGUGAACAAGAGCCUCUACACACUUUUAAUUUACUGUCAUGAUGAGAACUGGGACGUGGCGGAGGCCUCUCGGGAAACACUGCUUCGAGUGGCCGAGUUCCUGAAGAGAAGGGAUGUCAAACAGUUCCUGAAGAAGCAGCCGCCCUUGAAAGUCAAUGAGGGCCCGCUGGCAGAGGACACGAGCCGUGCGGCCGAGCACCAGCGCCGGGUCCAGCGCUGCCUGCAGAGCCUACAGGAGUCCCUGCGAGAGGCAGCCAUCAGGUUCAUGGCGCCGUGA